CACAGCAUUCCUCCGUCCGUCCGUCACCUCACACAAACACAACAUUCCUUCAUCCGUCACCUUGCAUACAUGUACACAGCGUGCACUCUGCGGUUAAAAGCCCUCGAGCACUAGAAUCUUAUUUUUGACUUGAGAGAGUGGAAAACAAAAGAGAGCUACUUAAGGACUCGUAAAAGCCCUGAAGCACUGAUUGAGAAUGGGAAACAGAGAGGAGGUAAUGUGCAGGCUCGCUCCUAUCUCCAGCACCACCAGCCAUUUUCUACCCCACACACGGCUGACCAGGCUGAAGCUCCCAACCACCCACAGCUCCUUCAGUAGGCUGGGAUCCAAAUCAACCUCCCACGUUGCCGACAGGAGCCCCAGUUCCUCCGAGAUGAACGGUGAGCCCUGGGCCAGGCCAAGAUAUCAGGACCAAGCUGCAGCUGAACAUUGUACAGCAUCCCACCAGGAACAACAACAGCACCCUGACAAACUGUGUCUGGACUCCUUCUGGAGCGAGGUGGAGGCGAUACGUAGCCAGGGAAGCGGAUACACUGACCUUGACACUGACAGCGCCAGACGAGACUCCAGACACUCUGAAGAAGGGGAGCAGGAGGAGCGGUGGCUGCAGGAUGCCGGUCUCUCCACUCUGAUCAGGCAGCAGAAACCAGACAGAGACAGGGACACUGAGGACCAGGAUGUUGACCAGGCCAUACUGCUGUCCACUCUGACCCGUACGCAGGCCGCUGCCGUCCAGAGGAGACUGGACUCCUACACACUGUCCCUGAGGAAGAGGAGCAAACACCCCCCACGUGACGUCAGGGACGUCUUCAGCUCAUCACCCUCCUCUAUUGCUCAGACACCUCUACCGGAGUGUCAAGACUCUGAGCCUACAGAGCCUAAAUCACCUCUACCGGAGUGUCAAGACUCUGAGCCUACAGAGCCUAAAUCACCUCUACCGGACGACAGUAUGGAGACCAUCAACAAGACACCACUACAAGGGGUCAGCUUGGACCAGCAGAAGAAGCAUGGAGGUGCCCCUAAAGAGGAGAUUUUCAUCACAGACGUGGCCUACUGCGAACAGGCGGCCAUCUUGUUAAAACAGGCUAAGCUGCCUCAGAUAAAGAACAGCUGCAAGAGGAAGGAGGACGGCACACUUCCUAGGGUGAUCUGCCCCCAGUGUCGUCUGGGUGUAACUCGUAUCCAGGACUUGUCCAACCAGGACAUGAAAAAGGUACGUCAGCUGGCCCUGAUCGACAUGACAGCGCUCUGUGACCUGCUGGAGCUCGACGUCAAACGACACAAGACCUGCAAGAGGAAGAUCCCAGAGAGUGCCCUGUUUGGGGUUCCACUGGCCACCCUGUUGGAGAAUGACCAGAAAGUCAAACCCACUGCUACCACUCCUCUCAUCCUGCAAGCGCUGCUGUGGUUCCUGGAGAAGAGGGGAGUUGACUCAGAGGGUAUUCUGCGGGUUUCGGGCUCUCAGUCCAGAAUCAAAAAGCUGCAGCAGGACCUGGAACAGAACUUCUACUCUGGAGGGUUCAUCUGGGACGAGGCCAGUCCUAACGAUGUUGCUGCCCUGUUGAAGAAGUUUAUCAGAGAACUACCAUCUCCACUUCUCACAGCGGAGCACCUCAACACCUUCAGUGCUACCAGGGACAUCCCUGAGCUGAAACAGAAGCUCCACGUUCUGAACCUCCUCAUCCUCCUACUGCCUGAACCCAACAGGAACACACUCAAGGCUCUGUUGGAGUUUCUUUCCAAGGUAGUCUCCAGAGAGAGGAGGAACCGCAUGAACCUGUGGGCCGUGUCCACCAUCAUGGCCCCCAACCUGUUCCUGUUCCUCCACAAGGCCGUACCCACCCGCCUCACUGACGGGGGACCAGGGGAGGAGAAAGGACAUGCUGAGAAGGCCCCCAACCUGUUACUCCACAAGGCCGCACCCUCUCGCCUCACUGACGGGGGGCCAGGGGAAGAGAAAGGACAUGCUGAAAAGGCUGCUGACAUCAUGAGGCUACUCAUACGCUACCAGGACCUGCUCUGGACCAUCCCUAACUUCCUGAUGAGCCAGGUGCGUAAGCUGAAUGAGAACAGUAACCGAAGGUACCAGUUCUACGAUCGCCGCAUCAAGAACCUGCUGAGGAAAAUUCACCAGGACCGCAAGGAUAAACCUGACAAGAACGCCUCCGAGCCAUGUCGUACAGUAAAGAUCCAGGUGGGUGAAUUGAUGAGCAGCACCAUGGAGGUCAAGGUCAACAUAAACUCCAGAGCAUCAGACCUACUGGCUCAGUUCCACCGGCACCUCCACAGCUCUGACAACACCAAGGGCCUGCUCAAGAGGAACGGUUUGGUAAAUGAUUUGGGAUCCUACCUGGACUGUGCCAUGUAUGAAGUGGGAGGAAAUAUUGGUGAGCACUGCUUGGACCCAGAGACCCAUCUCCUGGACCUGUACAACAAUAACCCCAGUGGAGAGUGGGUCAUCAAACACAAACCGCUGCCCACCAGUAAGGGACUGCAGAUAUAAGACAGUCGCAGCAGGAGGGAGAGACCAGUAGGGGGCUCCAAGAGCCAGCCAGAGGAGGAGGGAGACCAGGUGGAGUAGAGGAGAAGAGGAUGCUGCCACCACAAACCACCUCAAGGCUGAGCCCUCUCUCUGCCCAUUGCGGGGGAGACCAGACUAGGAGAAGUAAAGCAGCUGCUGAAAAACACCCCACCUCCAGACUUCAGGUGGAUGAGUGGCUGAGCUCGUGUCUCAGUCUGCUUCCUGGCUUGUCAGCUAAGCUCUCAGGCUCUCAGCCAAUCACUUCCCAGCAUCCGCAGAAGCCCAGCUGGGAAUCUGAUGCAGCUGCCUCCGAGUCUCUCUUUCUUUCUCUCCCACUCUCUCCCCAUUCCUUCUACUCAUGCCAUUUGAUCACAAAGUAAUAAGAGAGGAACAUGCCAAGUAUAUCUCUUUUCCUUGUUUGUCUAUUUCUUUAAUGUCACACAGAGGGAGAGUCAGGUACUCUGAUGUUCUGAUGUAAGGUACAGGGACUCUUAGGUCCCUGAUGGCUCUUGACCUCUGAUGGCUCUAUAAGAGGCCCUAAACACAGGGGACAGAGGGCAUAGUUCUCUCUGAGGGAUCAAAGGUCAACCUCUAAGACAUGAUUAUAGUACCCCUAAAGGGAACUGUUGUUUAAGACAGUGAAGCUGGACUUCAAACCUUUCUGUUUGUUUUUUUGUUUUUUGAAGGAUUUUAUGAAGUAUUGAAUAUCACGAUGGAUUGACUAUUUAUAAUGAUUGGAUGGUAGCUGUAUGUAUAUGUAUGUAGUCAUUAAUGUUCUCCUUGGAAAUUGUUCAAUAGGUGUUUCUGAUCGUAACAUAACAGUCAUGUAAAGCUCAUCCACUCUUUUCAGACAGUCUUUUUAUUCUUGUAAAUGUUUUGAUCAGUUGUACUUUGCUGCGGUUCUGCGUAUUUACUCUCUCGUCCUAUAACCCAUGUGUCAUCACUUCUGCAGAGUACACUUCUAUAUGAAAUCUAUGAAUAGUGUUUACACGUUUUGAGGAAGCUUGGACAUUGCACCAUCACAUCAAUAUAAAGUAUACACAUGUUCUA